AAUAUUUUUUUCCUGUUUAGGUCAUUUGCAUAUCUUACAAUACGUGACAGAAUGCCAGUUAUUUUGACCAAAGUGAUUGACCUGGUUCAUAGAAGAGCUUCAGCUUUCUAUGAUGAAAACCAACAGGUUAUCUUUUUUUCUGGUUUAGUUUGCUUUGAUAACUAUUUUCUGUUUUUUGAUCCUUCUGCUGCAUAACUUUCACAUCUUUAACUUGUACUUUAUUAAAAAUUACAGAUUACUACUUGGGCAGCAAAGGUGGCGCAGUGGUGAGAGCACUCGCCUCCCACCAAUGUGGUCCCGGUUCAUAUCCAUAAUUUGUUACCCUUACAUAAACUAGCCUAUGAAAUACAUCUCUGUUCGCAGGCUAUACAUAAACAACACAGUUUGAAAUAUUCUUUCACGUGGUGUCAUUUUUUUUGUCAACCAACUAUAAGAUUAAAGUCCUUGGCUGGUUGUUGGGAGUCAGUCAGCCGUCGUGUCCAAAUUCUGGACUAAACCGAUGUAAAUGCUCUGAUUCAGAGGUUUUUUGUACAGGUCACUAUAAAGACUUGACAGUAAACUGGAAAUCGCAAAUUAUGCAAAGUCUCUAGGACCCACUUGGGUACCUUUGCCACUGAAUAAAUUUUUCUUUCUAUUUCAAACUUACAAGGAGUAUACAGAAGACAGCAAGGAUGUAUUAGCAAAGCUUUCAAAACUGAGGUAUGAAAUAAAAACCAAUAAACCUCUGAUGUCACUGGAGGAUGACCGGCUGGAUGUAGGAAUUUGGAAUGACACCAUCGAGAACACUAAAUCACUGGUGGAUGACAACAAGGUUGCAUCUUUCACUGGUGCUUGGCUUGUUGUUGAGUGCCACAUGUAUCGCAAGAUUUAUGAGGCAUUUUCUCUCAGGUCAGUGAUAGUCAUGUGCUGAUUACAGAUUAUAACAAGUCAUUGAUCAAAGUCAAUUUGUGGAAAAUGUUCAAUCCAUUAUCGAGGCAAAAAGUUUCUUGUUAUCAAAUAAACAUGUCGUCUUUUUAAUGGUCUCAUACAUACAAAAGCAAGAGAAUUUUAUUACCAAACUCACAACCCUCCAAGUUCUAAAUCAGACACCCUAACCAUUCAAUGGCACUAAAUUCACUGAUUUCCCUUUAAUGAUAAAUUUUGUGUGUUGUUCCCGUGUUCUAAAACAUAGUACAGCAAAGAGAUUUUUCUGGCAGUAGUAAUCGGUGGUCUAUCAGGUGGAUCAAUCUGGUUAUUUCCGUUGAUCUGUAGAUCACCCUUCUAUGUGUUUUUCAACUUUUGAUAAAGAGCAGUUUACAAGCUUAUAUCCACUAAAACUUCUGUAAAGAGGGCCUUAAAAUUAGGAAAUUUACCAAGUUUGAAGGUGAUAUGUCCAAAGAGAUCAAAGAUAUUUCUCCACAAAGUUGCAAAAUUUGGUGGAGAGCACGGGACAGGCCUCCUACCAUACAAACAUCUGUAAAAUCUGUGACUUUGCAGAGCUUUAUCUUCAUUAGUUUUCAGCAAAUCACUUUCAAACUUUACUGGGUUUAUGGCAUUCUUUACAGUCAUGUUAAUGGAUUUUCACCAACUGGUCUGAGUCAAAAGUUGAAAAAACCAUGAAUGGAUCUAUUAUGGAAUCUCAGGCCCGGUUCAGACACUGCGCCACUCGUGUGCCCAACCUAACUGAUGAAUUAAGUACGGUAAAAGAGCAGCAUCUGAAUCAAUUUGGUACAGCAUUUUUAGUUAGGUGCGGCAAAAGAUCGACAGAGUCUGUCGAACUAUUGUCAAACUUUACUUAGGCAUCUGAAUCAGAUGUCAUGCCAGUGUUGCCCUGAAGUCAAGCUUAUUCAGCUAGGUUCGGCACAUGAAAAGUAUGGCAUCUGAACCAGGCCCGAACCGAUUCUUAACACUAGUGAGUGGGGAUGCUUUUUUGACUGGUACUUCAACAGAACCAAAUAUAUGAAAGAUUGUGCUUGUAAUGAAAUAUGAAAAAAGGCAAGAGCUGCACUAUAAAGCCUUCUUAGGGGGGUAGGUAUGUUCCUAGUCUGAAUUUCAUUUUGAGGAGUAGGCCAUGUCCUUGUUGGUAUUUAACCCAUCUUUAUGUCAUUUGUUGCCAUUUCAUCUGUGUUAUGUUGGUUUUUCAAUGCCAUGCCGCUGGUCAGAAUUUUACCCCAUCGGCCUCUAUUAUGCGGAAAUUUAGGACUUCCACUAGAUCUCAGUUUUUAUAUUCCUAAUAUUUUUUUUUGUGUGUGUGUGUAGCAAGCACCAUAAGAGUUUUGAUCCUUUCCAAGAGCAGAAAGAAACUUCUUUCAAAGAACUUCAAUCCUCAGCUGAGUCUCUGGCUCAGUUUCUCUGUGAAGCCAUGGAGACAACUUCUGUAAACAGUGGAGAUGGUGGAGGUGCCAUAAAAAGUGUUUUUGACACGUUGCUCCAGGUACGCAAAUUUGUAAGAAAGGAAGUAGGGAAUUUAAUAUGCAGCCUUUCAGAUAUCUGAUUUAAUGCAUUGCCAUGAUUCUGCACAAUUUAUUGAUAUCAGAAACUCAUAAAGGGUUCAACUUGAAAUGUGUAACUCCCACAUGUUUGCUUUGUUCGAUGCUCGUGAACAUUCAUUCUCGCAAGUACUAUAUUUGGAACGAGAAGAACAGAUAACAAGAGAGAAGGGAUGAUUUAUUAAACUCAGCUCAGUUUUACAUGACAUAAAGGUUAAAAUAUUUACAUAGGCAACUAAACACAGUACCACUAAGGAAUAAAAGAAAAAUUGUAACAACAAAAUAGAGAGCGUGUUGGGAUCAUCCAAAUAGCAAAGUCUAAUCAGUGGAUGACCCCUGCAAUAACUGACCAAUAGAACUUCAUAAAUGACUUGAAGUAAUUUUACUCCAGGUUCCUGUGCCUGCUCAGAAAAUAGGGUGAUUAAGCAAAAACUAUGGCUAUGAAAUUUCACUUAGAAAGUGAAUUUCCGCUGCUUCGGACUUCAUCAUGCUUAUUCUUUUUCAUUCAGUUCGUGAAAUAUUACCAAUUUAAUGUUUUUGGAGUUGAAUUCUAAAGACUGUAUCAAAGUUCAGGAAAAGAAAAAGAAAGUUGUUAUCUUGUGUUUUUUACCUCAGCAAAUCAUGAAAUAGGGCACUUUCAGAUCGAAAUCGUGCAGUGACAGCAAAAAAGCAUGAUGCUCAUGAUAAUUUGUUGUUGCACCUGUUGCUUUCCAAUUUCAGUACUUAGACCAAUGAAUAUUCGCAAGAAUUGAACGUGAGCUACAUGUUUCGAUCCCUAAUGAGUUUUUGUUGGUGUCAAAAAUAAAAAUAAUAAUCAUACACAGUCAUAUAAUCUGCAAGAAAUUUCCUCACUUAUUAAAAAUGCUAAUCAAAUAAACAUUUUUCUUUGGGAACAUUAUGCCAAAAAAUAAAGCUCCUGAAAUUUUUUAAUGUUGGUGUGAAAUAAUGGACAAUUAUUAUUUUAAGCAUAUUAUACUCUCAACUGUAAAAAUGAUGUGAAUUGCAGCCUUGAGGUUCUUUUCUGUUGCAUAAUGUGGCCUCCUGGAUGCUUUCCAUGGUAUAGGCUAAGGGUUUCAGGGUCCCAGUGCUGUGCCCCACCCAGAAUUUCCUUGAUUACUGUCUUCCCACUUGAACACAAUACCACGCCUAGCCUAACUAUAACUAACUGAAAAUUAUGUUAUUAGAUUCCCAGUCUUUUGAGAUUUUUAUGUCAUUUUCCUUUUUUGAUUAUUCUUAUUCAGUUUUGUUUGUGGGGAAACCGCUGUGAUCUUUCCAUCUCAAGUGGAGAAAUACUUGGACAACAAGGGCCUGCAAAGGCUGUCCAUCUUCAACACUUGAAAGGAAACAUUAUUGUUGACAAUUUGGAGGAUGUCUGGAAUGCAAUUCAUAGCAAUACAAAUCCCAGAAUUGACUUUGUCCUGGACAACUCUGGGUUUGAACUUUUCACUGAUCUCUGUUUUGCUGAGUUUUUGUUACAUGCAAAACUAGCAGAGAAGAUUCAUCUCCACCUAAAACAAAUCCCAUGGUUUGUUUCUGAUGCUAGCAAGAAAGAUCUUCUUUGGAUGUUUGAGGAAAUGAAGCUAUCUUCAAACGAGUUCUUACAGCAGCUUAGUGAAGGAUGGCUUAAUCGCAUUCAAGAUGGCUCAAUUGUCUUAGAAGAUCAUCAGUUUUGGACGCUGGCACAAGAUUUCGGCGAAAUGAAAAGCGUGGCCCCUGACUUGUAUGACCAUCUGUCGAAGGCCAAACUGGUAUUUUUCAAAGGUGAUUUGAAUUAUCGAAAAUUGGUUGGUGAUCGUAAGUGGCCUCACACAACUCCAUUUGUAGAAGCGCUGUGGGGAUUUUUGCCUGCUCCAUUGUGUUCGUUGAGAACUCUCAAGGCAAAUGUACAAGUUGGGUUAAUCUCAGGACAAGAUGGAAAGCUUGAUGCUAUUAGUAAGGACUGGAUGACAUCAGGUAGUUUUGCUGUGAUCCAGUAUGCUCAACCUUAA